AUGUCUCGGCAGUCUAGCUGCAGAAGCUUUGGAGGCGGGAGUAGAAAGGGCUACAGCUCUUGCUCGGCCAUCGGUGGUGGCUUUGGAGGAGGUGGCGGCAGAAGCAGGAUCAGUUACAGCUCAUACUCCUCAUCCAGGGGAGGUGGAGGAGGUGGACGUUGUGGAGGUUUUAGCAGCAGAAGCCUCCAUAACAUGGGUGGCAGCAGAAGAAUUACCGUGGGUGGAUGCUAUGGCGGUGGAGGAUACGGAGGCAGAAUUGGUGGCUUUGGUGGAGGCUACGGAGGAGGAAUGGGUGGCUUUGGCGGAGGAAUGAGUUGUGGAGGAAUGGGUGGUUUUGGUGGAGGAAAGGGUGGCUUUGGUGGAGGAAUGGGUGGCUUUGGUGGAGGAAUGGGUGGUGGUGGAAUGGGUUGUGGAGGAAUGGGCGGCUUUGGUGGAGGAAUGGGUGGUGGUGGAAUGGGUGGUGGAGGAAUGGGUGGCUUUGGUGGAGGAAUGGGCGGUGGAGGAAUGGGCGGUGGAGGAAUGGGCGGCUUUGGUGGCCCUGGCUUCCCUGGAGGCAUCCACCCAGUGCAAGUUGACCAGACCCUCCUACAGCCAGUCCACGUUGAGAUUGAUCCCCAGAUCCAGCAAGUCAAAAACCAGGAGAAGGAGCAGAUUAAGACUCUUAACAAUCAGUUUGCCUGCUUCAUUGAUAAGGUCCGCUUCCUGGAGCAGCAGAACAAGGUCCUCUCCACCAAGUGGGAGCUCCUCCAACAGCAAGGGCCUUCAGGGCCGAGGAAGAACCUUGAUGUCAUCUUUGAAAAUUACAUCCAGAACCUGAAGAGGCAGCUGGACUCAAUCCUGGGACAGAGGGGGCAGCUGGAGUCAGAGCUGCAGAACAUGCGGCAAUACGUGGAGGAGUACAAAACCAAGUACGAAGAAGAAAUCAACAGGCGGACCGCUGCUGAGAACGAGUUUGUGGUGCUCAAGAAGGAUGUGGACUGUGCCUACAUGACUAAAGUAGAGUUGGAAGCCAAGGUGGGAGCUCUGACGGAUGAAAUCAACUUCCUGAGGUGCAUCUAUGAGGAGGAACUGGCUCAGAUGCAGACAAUCAGCCGGGACCUGUCCGUAGUGGUAUCCAUGGACAACAACCGUCACCUGGAUCUGGAGAGCAUCAUCGAGGAGGUCAGGCGUCAGUACGAGCAGAUUGCUCAGAGCAGCAGAGCUGAAGCUGAGGCUUGGUACCAGAGCCGGUAUGAAGAGCUGCAGAGCACUGCUGGAAGGCAUGGGGACAGCCUCCGCAACACCAAGAUAGAGAUCCAAGAGUUGACCAGGAACGUCCAGAGGCUGCGGGCUGAGAUCGAGAACGUGAAGAAGCAGAACCAGCAGCUGCAGUCAGCUAUUGCUGAGGCCGAGGAGCGGGGUGAGAUGGCCCUCAAGGAUGCCAGGAUAAAACUGGAAGAGCUGGAAUGUGCCCUGAGCAAAGACAAAGAGGAGCUGGCUCGCUUGCUGAAGGAGUACCAGGAGCUGCUGAACAUCAAGAUCGCGCUGGAUGUUGAGAUUGCCAUGUACAGGAAGCUGCUGGAGGGAGAGGAGAACAGGCUGUGCAACGAUGGCAUGUCCAACGUCAAUGUCUCUGUGGUAGGCAGGACCAGCAUCUCUGGAGGCAGAGGAGGCAUGGGAGGAGGCUUCGGAGGCAGCGGCAUGGGAGGAGGCUUUGGAGGCGGCAGCGGCAUGGGAGGAGGCUUCGGAGGCGGCAGCGGCAUGGGAGGAGGCUUCGGAGGCGGCAGCGGCAUGGGAGGAGGAAUGGGAGGAGGCAUAUGUGGAGUAGGAGGAAGCUUUGGAGGUGGAAGCAUGGGCGGCAGCUGUGGAAUGGGAGGAGGAAUGUACGGCGGUGGCUUCUCUUCUGGAAGCGGAAGGAUGUGCGGCUCUGGAGGUGGCAACUUCAGCUCCGGAGGGGGAUCGUCCUCCGUACGGAGAUGUGUCACGACCACCUCCGUCAAAUCUUCAGGAGUGAGAUUCUGA